AUGUUGCCUCAAAGCGUGUACGCCGACCUCGACACCGAGUGUUUACGCCCGACAGAAGACCUGCAACGGGUGCAUGGAUCGCUGUUUAAUCAACAGGAUGGCAUUCCUGUGCCGGCCACGGCAAUCUUUGGCCGAAUGGGCAACGACCCUGACUUUGAGCAUUCGAUUCCAAAUGCCUGGAUGGCUUCGACGCCCGGCCAUCGGUUCUUUCUGGCCGCGCUACAGGACUUCAUGGACCUGUAUAACCAGACGACGCGAGAGGGCCCAGAGUUCCCUGAUCCAGAGAGCGUGACUGGCCCGGUCGCGUUGCGAGAUUCCCUGGCCCGGUACGAGAGCAACAGGGUGCUGCAUGGGCCUGGCAUCAGCGACGCCGUCGCCGGCCUCGCUCGCGGCGGGCCUUUUCCGCACACGCCUGCCGAGGAACCACGGGUGCUUUUGCUGCCGAGCCAUGCGCUGUACGCGUACAGUUGGGGCGGGGACGGAGAGGACGUGCGUGACAUGUGCUGGGUGGUCAACGAUGGUUUCGACGCUGGGCGCUGCAAAGAGCGGCUGGACACUCGUGGCAGAGGAAGCAUAUCCAUCACCUAUUGGAGCCACACGCAUUCUCCAACCGGCCACGAUGAGGAGAACAUGAAGCACAUUACCGAGUGA